CAUAGGAGCCCGCAGAGGAAGCGGGUGGCUGUGGCCUGUUGCCGGUGGAAGACCGGCACCGUUGAUUCACGCCUGGCAGUGGAUGUGGAAAAGCCGGUCGAAAAUGCUGCGGUUGUUGGCUGGGCUGCUGGCGGUCACGUUGGUGACGGUGACAGUGUUGAUGGAUCGGUACAGUUUUGCGGGACCACAAAAGCCCCGGCUCCCACCUCGCCCUUUCGCUUCCGAGCCGGCGCCCGGGGCGAAAGCCAACAACCUUUUCUGGAUGAUUCAGGUAUCGGAUCUGCACAUCAGUAAGUUUGUGAGUCCCAGACGAACUUCUGAUUUUGAGAAGUUCUGUAAGGAAACAAUUCCCAUAAUUCAACCUGCUGUUACAUUAGUAACAGGUGACUUGACUGAUGCCAAAACAAAGGAUGGAUUUGGAUCUGAUCAGAUUGAGGUGGAGUGGCAAACUUACCAGACAAUCCUAAAAAGAUCUAAGGUCAUGGAAAAAACGAAAUGGAUAGAUAUCAAAGGAAAUCAUGAUACAUUCAACAUGCCUAGCCUGGAAAGUGUUCGUAAUUACUACAGGAAAUAUUCUGCAUGGCAGAAAGAUGGCUCCUUCCAUUACGUUCAUAAAACACCUUUUGGAAAAUAUUCUUUCAUCUGUGCGGAUGCAAGUCUUACUUCAGGUCCCAAGAAACCCUACAAUUUCUUUGGGAUAUUAAAUGCGAAUAAAAUGGAGGAGUUGUCUGCACUGAUCUCAGAAAGCCAUGAGAGUAACCAUACAGUUUUGUUUGGUCAUUACCCUACCUCAUCAAUCAUCUCUGCAUCUCCAGGAAUACGAACGGCCAUGCGUUCUGCCUUAGUUUAUUUGUGUGGGCAUUUCCAUACAUUGGGUGGCUUGGUGCCUGUCCUUCAUACUCGUCAUCCUGAUGGGACUUUAGAACUGGAGUUGGGAGACUGGAAGACUAGUAGGAAGUAUCGGAUUCUUGCUUUUGAUCAUGAUCUCUUCAGUUUUGCUGACCUGAAAUUUGAGGAAUGGCCUGUAAUUCUUAUCACCAAUCCUAAAUCAUACCUUUAUAGUAGCUAUGCUCAUGAACCGCUACAGAGAAUUCUUCAUUCUACCCAUAUUAGAAUUUUGGCCUUCUCUCCUUCUCCUAUCAAGUUUGUGAAGAUCAUGAUUGAUGACAUUUAUCUUGGAGAUGCUAUUCAGGUGUCUGGACCUCUCUACGUCCUGAAAUGGUCCCCCAAAAACUACAGUCAAGGAUUUCACCAGAUAGCUGUAACUGUGAAGGAUAUCAGUGGUAGAAGUGCCACUCAGCUUCAUACAUUUGCUAUGCAGGAAAGCCUUUCUCUUAAAUUUGAUCUUUUGGCAUCUUGGCUUCUUCUUACUGACCACUAUAUAUGGGUACGAACAUUCUUUGUAUUAACAAUUAUAUUUCAAGUUGCUUUGCUGAUUAUUUUCCGGUUUCGAGCAAAACCUAAAUUUAAAAAACCUCUGGGUGUGGCUGUAGGAACCUCUUUUUCUCUUCAUAUCCUGAGCAAAAUAGAUUUAUUCUUCUACUCGUUUCUGUUGCUGAAUUUAUAUACUGUUCUAGGACCCUGGUUCAUUGGUGAGCUUAUAGAUGACCAUGUGGGUGUCUGCUUUUCCUUUGGGUUAAUUGUUAAUGGCCAGUUCUUUGAAGGCGUCUCAACCUUCGCUGUUGGAAUUUUACAGGUGUUAUUUUUCAACCUACCACUGAUGGCGUACACAUGUUGGUGCCUAUUGCUGCGUUGCCAGGGCCAAUGUUUUCGUUCUCAUCUGUAUCUUACCAAACCAUAUUGGACUGUGCCCAUCCAUUUAACAAUGUUACUUCUAUUUUUCUGGCAAGUCUUUUCCUGUUACUUCGUACUGAAGGCAUAUGGAACUAUUUCUUUUUUUCUUUCUCCAAUAAAAACUGGGGUUGUUGCACUAACCCUCUUCCUGGUCUACAGAAUUUGGGCAAUGGAAUCUAUUUUGCUGAGAACCUUUAUGAUAGAUAUAAAGAACUACCAAACUUCCUGAUGUUUCCUUUUUUCAGGAGCCUGAAGUAUACAUUCACUUAAACUGUUAAGUGACAAAGCUGUGAACUACUUCCCGUUUGUAUGUCUUAUGUUCUGAUCGCAUAGACAAUUGAUUAUGAAGGUUCAGGAUUGCUAUGAAACUUCUGUAAUAAAACUUGUAGAAAAAAGUGACACUAUUUGCCUCAGGAACUGCUUUCUUUUAUAUUUAUAUUAAUACUCACUGAUUUUGACAUCAUGCUGUUUUAAUGCUUGACAAAAUUUAUGAAUGGACUAUUGUAAUGCUUUGUAAUUGUUUCUACUUUUGUGUUUCUUUAUUUACCUAAACAUAGGAUAUUUGCCUUUUUCUGAAUAGUAACUUACACAGCCCUAAUUGAAGGCCUGUUAAGUCAUGUCAAUCACCUUUGUCCACUUUCCUUUUCAAGCCCAGUCAUUUCCCCAACUCCAGCCUCCAUUUUUUAAAAAUGUUUUUCAAACUGUCCUGGUUUUAACAAAAGUUCUGUAGUUUUUGGUUAUAUAUAUUGUACUGUAACAGAUUUGAUGACAAGAAAAAUGUUAUGAGUGCUUUCGAUAUUAUUUAUAACAGAGUCCGUAAUGUCCGAGUUGUUAAUAUGAUGCCCAAAUGAUUGCAAUGGAGGUGCCCAUUAAGACUCGUAAUCAGAGUUAGUGAAAGGCAUUUCCUUUGCUUUAGGAAACUUCUACUCUCCAACUGUUUUCAGAGUCAGAGUAUGCUGUACAAACUUGGCCAUGUGGCUUAUAAACUGAAUUAAAAUCAAAAUGUUCUAUUUUGAUUUAGCAUAUUGUGUGAACUUAACAAAUAGUGGUUUUUUUUUCAAAUAAUUAAUGCUUAAACAAACCAUACAUAUAAAGGCCAUGGUUCAAUAUAUGAAUUCAGAUGAAAAUGAAAAUGUUUGUGCCUUCUGCACGCUUGCAUAUGGAAGAUAGAUUUAUGUCAAAUUCCUGGUGGUUUCCUCUAGUAAUUUCAGAUAGGCAAGAAUCCACUAAAAUGCACAUAAUUUCUUGUAAAGCUUUCUGGAUUAUUGCCAGUAUUAAUGUUGCAUAUAUAUCACUUAACAGAUCAAUGUAGUCUAUUAGCAAUCGGUUGCUAUGGAAUAUUGCUGAUUUUCUUGGUCCAUGAUUAUUAUGCUGAAUGGGAUCACAAUGAGAUUGAAAUAAACAGUGUUCAUCACUUUUGUCAUGCAGGAACUGAGAUAAUCAGUAAAAAAAUAGAAUGUGCUGCAUCUUGUUAAAAUAAUGAAUGCGAAAAAUACAGUUAACUGUAUCCUGUACUUAUAUGAAAAUGGGUCAAUUAUAGAACUACACAUGUGAAAUGAGCACCUACUGACAAUGGCUAAACCUUGUAGAAGUCUGUCUCUAAAUGUCCAAUACAAUUUAUCUUAUGCCAUAAUCAAUAACUGACCUGAUGUUUUUCAGCUUCCAGGAUUCACAGCUUAUGAUUAGGAUGGGUAUGGCUGAUGAGUCAAGUCACAGCAUGUUUGUAUGUUUACUGAAAAUAAUCCAAGAGAUGUAGUUAUAAGACUCUAUAUAAUCUUGCACAUGAUAUGGCUGGAAGUAUGUAUGUGUAUUGUAAAAGAGUGCCUCCGCCAUUUUUUCUU